GUCUAACAAGAGAGCGAAAGAGGGAAUGGCGAAUGGCGAAGGUUUCCAUGGCUACCAAAGACCCCAUCCUCAUUCAACAUUUGGAGCAAGGAAUUGGAUGCAACCACAACCGGAAUCCACCAACAACAUCAACGAAUGCCUUGUUCGAGAACAAGAUAUGUUCAUGCCAAUAGCAAACGUGAUCCGCAUCAUGCGAAAGUCCCUCCCUCCUCAUGCCAAGAUAUCUGAUGAUGCUAAAGAAACAAUCCAAGAAUGUGUUUCUGAGUUCAUCAGCUUUGUGACUAGUGAAGCCAAUGACAGAUGCCAGCGUGAGCAGAGGAAGACGAUAACAGCCGAAGACGUCCUUUGGGCAAUGAACAAACUGGGAUUUGAUGAUUACAUCGAACCCUUGACAAUCUAUCUCCACCGCUAUAGGGAGCUUGAUGGUGGCGAACGUGGCUCUGGAAGUCAGUCUCUUAUGAAGACAGACAAUGUUAAUGCUGAUCAUACUGCUAAUUCCAUGUCGUUUGGUAACAUCGAUGCUUUUGCGCCUGUUUUUCAUAUGCGUGAUCAACUGUUUGGCCCUGCUACUAUCGCUGGUUUCUUGAAUGAUCCUACAGCGAACGGUGGCCCUUCUAGGCGAGCUGCUUCUGUCGCUGGAUUCCAGCCAUAUGCUCAGUAUAAAGAAGCAGGAGUUCUUUCUAAAUGGUUUGCUUUGUUUUGUAUUGCCAAGGCUAAAACCAGUUGCAGUGAUCCUUAUGUCAUCGUCAAAUUCGGAAAUCAGACGGCAAAGACGAAGGUUGUAAACAGUUGCUUGAAUCCUGUCUGGAAUGAAGAGAUGACUUUCUCGCUUGUAGAACCUGUUGAAGUUCUAAACUUGGAAGUGUUUGAUAAAGACGUUUUCAAGGCUGAUGACAAGAUGGGACAUGCUCAUGUGAACAUUCAGCCAUUGGUGACAGCAGCAAGAUUGAGGGAGAUUUUAGGGGUUUCAAAGGAAGGAACAGUAUUGAGGAAGGUGAUCCCUGAGACUGAUAAUUGUUUAGUUGCAGAAAGCUCGAUUGAUUGGGUGAAGGGUGAAGUUGUACAAGAUGUUUGGUUGAGGCUUUGUGAAGUGGAAUCUGGGGAGAUUGAGUUGAAGCUCAAGUUCAUGAAGCCUCCUGUUCCUUUGUUACCUCCCAAAUCCCAAGUAGUAUAAAUAUUUGAGGCCAUAUGGGUGUGUUUGCUGUUGCAGGUUAUGAAGAUCUGAUGAUGAUUAUAGUACAAGUUUAGGAUUUUAAGUGUUGAAAUUGAUUCAUAAUCCAUUGUUCUUUUUGCUAAAUCUGAAGCUUUGUUUAGAACAAAAGUAGGAUGUUAAUGCUUAGUGUUUUUGUCUUGGUCAAGUAAUAUACUUUGGUCAAUGGGAACUUGGGAUUAGGUAAAAUGAAGUAAUCAUCUUUCAAAUUGAUCAACUAAUUAAGUGUUGAUCAUCUCAAUAAACACUGUUUGUCUAGAGUAGUGAAUAUAUUUUAAUAUUGUUCAUAGAAAUCUGCAUCUUUCUCUUUUUUGUUGAAAUCAGUUUAAUGUUAAAAUUGUUGGCGAAUAUAUUUAUUAUAUAUGUUUUGUCUCAUCUUGUUUGAUGUUUGUAAGACAGACUUUUGUCCCUUACAAAAACUAAAGGACUAAAAGACUAAAAUCUGUGUCGGUCGUCAUCUUGAUAAUCCAAAAAUAACUAAUCUAUUGCAGUAACCUUUGGCUUUGAGUUGAC